ACCAAUACAAAUUUUUAUUAAAAAUAUAAGAUAAUAUAAUGGAUUUUGUACAAGCUAGAGAUCAGAUAUAUAGAAGUUGACACUUAACAAAGACAAAAUAAACAUUAAAACUGAAGAAAACUAUAAUUUAAUAAUGGACACACGAUUCAUUAAAUUUUACCAUUAAAUAAUCAAAAAUAACUAAUACAGUUAAGAAAACGCAAUAGAAAGAUGAAUAAAAUUCAAUUAAUCAGUAAUUAUCCUAAUUAUAAAAAUCAGAAAAAAAUGCACAAAAUUAAAUAUGUAAAAGACAUUAUACAAGAUUUGGAAAACUAUGGACCAGCUAGUUUAAUACAUAUUGCUAUUUUGAGUAACAUAAUUAAGAGACCCAUUAAUAUAUGGAAUGCUAAUGGUAGUUUAAAUAAGACCAUCGGAAAACAAAAAUUGGGACAAUCUGUAGAUAUUGAAUAUCAUGCAAACAAUUCGGAACAAAUUGGUCACUGGACCCUAAGAGAUAGCAAAGAUCCCGAUAACGUUAUUAUUGAUUUAAACAGCUGCCUGUUUUCGGUGAUCGGUUCUCAAAUCGGACAAGAUCCAUUAAAACUUCGUAAGUGGACUGUGUUAAAACUAAAAGACAAUUUUCAGAAUUUGGCCAAAUGGUUAAAUAAAAUUCAGUGGAAGGAGAGUGCAGGAGUAUUUUUUAUGAUUGGCGGAGUAAACGGACAAGGACCUGAAAGUCCGAGGAAAAGUCCCGGAAAAGAAAGUCCGAAAAAAAGUCCCGGAGAAGAAAGGUACUCAAAAAGGUACCCUAAACACAACACGCCAGAACACGCUAAAAAUAUUUUAAAUAAUUCAGAAGGCAAAUUAAGCGAAGGUGGUGAUAGGAAACAGUAUUGGACAAUAGGUCAUUCUAGAAUGCGGCAUCUCGUAGGAGGAAGAAAAGGAGGUGUUGAAACUUGGACUAGGAAUAACCCGCAUAUAGGAAAAUUUGCUUUUCUGACGGAAAAAGACCAAAAUUAUGUCACUCAUAGAGCAUUGCUAUCAAAAUCGGGUCAAGAAGCACUACAUAAACUUAACGAUGCCAUUGAAUAUAAAGUAGAGAUACCUGUUUCAGAAUUAGUAGAACCAGAUAUCUCAUUUCCUCAAGCAAGCCGGUGGUAUAAGGGAAUAGAACUACAUGGUUUAGAAGACAUCAAAUUUGUCAAUAUGCUUUUAAGACAUCAAAAAGAUAAACGAGACAAGAUAGAUGAAGAGCCUUUUAUAGUUUAUAUUUAUCCAAUCACAGGUACAAGAUUCAGGUACCCAUCAAAUAACCAGGUAGAGGAUGCCAAAAGGAUUCUGGAUAAUUCAGAAAACGAAUUUAGCGCACCUGAUAAAGAAAUUGAAGGCAAAAAAGGGAAAGAUAAGGAAGAAAAUCGAGGCCAUUCUAGAGAAAGGCAUGUCGUAAAAAGAAGAAAUAAUGCGGAAGGUGUCGAAGCUUACACUAAAAAUAAUCCAUGUGAAUCAAAAUCUGCUUUUCAGACAGAAGAAGACCAAGAGUAUGUAAUUCAUAGGGCUUUGCUAUCAGAACAGGGUCGACGAGCAUUAUAUGAACUUUACGAACAAGAUAUAAUUUUAUUACACGUACCCGUUACAGAAAUGGAAGAACCAGGUGUCCCAUUUCCUAAAGGAACCCAUUGGCAUAAUGGAAAACAAAUAGAUAACAAUGAAAUAGAAAUCGAAUCUGUCCACAUAUAUUUAAGGCAUCAGAAAGAUAAACGAGAAGACAAAAAUGAAGAGCCUUUCAUACUUACUAGUUACCCAAAUCUUAAAGAUAUAAAACAAAAAAGAUGUCCAACUCUUACACGCUUUAAAUUACAAGCAACAAAAAAAAUUGAAAAAAGAGAGUACUCAAAAAGGUACCCAUCACACAAUACGAAACAACACGCUAAAGAUAUUCUGGAUGAUUCAGAGAACAAACCAAGCGAACGUCUUAGGAAAGAAGAAAAAUAUUUGACAACAGGUCAUUCUAGAAGGUGGCAUGUCGUAGGAGGAAAAUAUGGAGGUGUCAUAAAUUGGACUAAGAACAAUCCAGGUGUAGGAAAAUAUGCUUUUCAGACAGAAGAUGAACAAGAUUAUGUCACUCAUAGAGCAUUGCUAUCAAAAUCGGGUCAAAACGCAUUAUAUCUACUUGAAAGAUACAUGAAAAUUGAAAUAACGAUACCUGUUUCAGAAUUAGUAGAACCAGAUGUCAAAUUUCCUACAGCAAGCCGGUGGUAUAAUGGAAUAAAAUUACAUGGUGAUGAAGAAAUCAAAUUUGUCAGUAUACAUUUAAGACAUUUUGAAGGUCAAAAAAAGAACAAAAAUGCAAAGCCUCUUAUAGCUCAUAUUUAUCCAAUCACAGGUACAAGACUAAGGUACCCAUCAAACAGCGAGAUAAACGAUGCUAAACAAAUUCUGGAUAAUUCAGAAGGCGAAUUAAGCGCACCUGAUAAAAAAAUUAAAGGUAAAAAAGGUAAAGAUGAAGAAGCAAAUCGAGGCCAUUCUAGAGAAAAGCAUGUCGUAGAAAGAAAAAAUAAAGCGGAAGGUGUCAAAGCUUACACUAAAAAGAAUCCAUGUAGUUCACAAUUUGCUUUUGAGACAGAAACAGAUCAAGACUAUGUCACUCAUAGGGCUUUGCUAUCAGAAAAGGGUCGACGAGCACUAUAUGAACUUUAUGAACACGAUCAAUCUUUAUUAAAAGUACCCGUUACGGAAAUGGAAGAACCAGGUGUUUCAUUUCCUAAAGGAACCCAUUGGUAUGAGGGAAUACAAAUAGAUGAUGGUGCAAAAGAAAUCGAAUAUGUCGAAAUACAUUUAAGACAUCAGAAGAAUAAACGAGAAGAAAAAGAUGCAAAGCCUUUCAUACUUUCUGUUUGCCCAUUUCUUAUAGAUAUAAAACUUAGGAAAUGUCCAGUUCAGGAACAAUCUAAAUUAAAAAAAGAAAAAGAAGCUAAAAUUACUCGUAAAAGGACCCUUGCAACUACAUCUAAAACUGCAUCUGCAACUACAUCUGAAACUGCUUCUAAAACUCCUAAAAUUGCUCUUGAAUCUGCUACUGGAACUAUUCAUAAAACUGGUCGUGUAACUCCUAAAAUUGUUUCUAAAAUUAAUCCUACAACUGCCUCUGCAACUACAUCUAAAGCUGCUUUUAAAACUCCUCCAAAAAUUGCUCUUAAAUCUGCUACUAGAACUAUUCCUAAAACUACUAAAAUUGCUCCUACAACUGCCUCUGCAACUACAUCUAAAACUUCUUCUAAAACUCCUCCUAAAAGUGCUUUUAAAUCUGCUGCUAAAACUACUUCUAAAAUUACUUCUAAAACUGCUUCUUAAUUACUCCUAAUACUGCUUUUUAAACUGCUCCUAAAAUUACUCCUAAAACAAUAGGAAUAAGGAGGAGUUCUAACUAAGAAGCUCCAAGUGGGGAGCGGGUUGCAACGAUGGUAACCUUGUAAGCGGGACAUGAUAUCACGCGACACCUGUCAAAAUACACAUACAUAUAAAAAUGCACAUAUAAUACAUAUGUAAUACAUAUAA